AUGAAUAUAUUGAAAUCAUUUGGUGUUUUUGGUAUUGGAAUCGCCUUACAAAGCUUUGGGAAUGUCGCGUAUUGCGUAGAUCUUACACGUAAAAGUGAUCCAAUCGGGCCAACCGUACCCCCUUCUCCUUUUUUCUCUAGAACUCAAAACAACAAUACUAGACGACCAAUGCAUCACAUUCCAACACCCCGUAACAAUAAUGACAACAGCGACAACACGUCAAAAAUACCACCAAAUAUCAAGAAAAUGGCAUUAGGCGGAGCAAUGGGAUUCGCGACAGGAUACUCUGUAAAAAAAGCGAGUCAACUCGUUGCGUUCUCAAUUGGCGCUUCGUUUGUGUUGAUUCAAGUAUUAGACGCACACGGAUAUCAUAUUCCAUUUAAUUUAGGUAGAAUUGAACAGACCUACAAUAAUAUGUUGGAUGAUAUUGGUGCUGAUGGAGCUACUGUACAACGGGAUUUCAAAGAGGUGGCUCAGAAUGUAUAUGAUUUUUUCAAGAAAAUGUUUCAUACUGAUACCGCUUUUGUGGUUGGAUUUGGGAUUGGGUUAAUGUGUGGUUGA